AUGGCAUCCCUCCUCUCCUCCUUCGCCCGUUUCUCCCUUUCCUCUCCACCUUCCCCCUCUCUUCUCCCGCGCCAUUCCAUAAUAUCUCCCCUCCCCGCUUACUCCCAACUGCGCUUCGCCGGCAACCUCGCCCCGAACCGGGUCAAGCAUCGAAAGGCACACAAAGGCCGCGUGCCAAUUCCCAUCGGUGGGAGCCUGAAAGGCACCACACUCUCGCACGGGAACUUCGGUAUACGAGUCAAGGGCAAUGGGACGCGGCUGAGUGCUAAGCAGCUCCAGUCGGCGGAUACGGCGUUGAAGAGGAAGCUGAGGAUCGUGAAGGGGGCUAAGACGUGGCUUAGAGUGUUCCCUGAUAUCCCUGUGUGCAUUAAGGGCAACGAGACGCGUAUGGGUAAAGGAAAAGGGAACUUCGACCACUGGGCAUGCCGAUGUCCAACCGGUCGCGUACUAUUCGAAGUUGGAGGAGACGUGAGCGAACAGCUGGCCCGAGAUGCACUCCGACUCGUCGCUGACAAGCUGCCCUGCAAAGUCGAGUUCAUAACACGCCGAGACGGGCCAAGACUGGGCACGCUUGUCCUCCCUGUAGGAACGAAGAGUGGCGGCCCGGGGGUGCUGGAGACGCUCGUUGAGGAAGGGAAGAUACCGUUGGUGCCCGAAGCUGCCCCGCCUGUUGCAGAAGCUAGGGCAUAG